AAUUGGAUGGAAAUGGCAGCCGGCCAGCAGUAAGGACUAAGGAAGCUUCAUCGACUCUUCGCAAAAGUCAGCCACUCAGUCGGCAGGGAGAUCUUCGGCUCUUUGGGUUCGGCUCUUCGGCGCUGCCUUCUUCAUCCGAUCGAUCGCGCGGCCAUCUUCAUCCCCUCCGUCUGGCGACUCACAAUGUCAGAAGGUCAAUCUAACCUAGAGGAAAACAGAGAACUUGGAAGUGAUGGUCAUGGACAAGAAUCACAAGAUGGGUUUCAAAGUACAGAGAGUAGCCGAACAGAUUUAAGAAAACCCAUGGGCAAGCGAUCUCUUUCUUGGGGCCACUUUACUGUCUACUUUACGAAAGACAAAAAGCGAAGAGCUCAAUGUAAGUAUUGUCCCAAAAAUUAUGCUUGUGGUUCCACAAAAAAUGGUACUACUGGAAUGAAUAAUCACAUGAAAGUGUGUCAAAAUCAUCCUAACAAUAAGUGUGUUGAAGAGAACCAAACAAUCAUAAACUUUUGCCAAAGCUUGGCUGGAACUGUUAAAGACAUUAGGAAUUGGAAUUUUGACCAGUUACUUUUAUGAGAUAUGUGCGACAAUCUCCAUUGAGACAAAAGAAAUUUAAUGACUAUGCUCUUGAAGAAAAAGUACAAAGCAAGAAAGGAUUGUGCUUGGAUGUUCCCACUCGUUGGAACUCUGUGUAUUCAAUCCUUGAGAGUGCAAGUGUAUACAAAGCUGUUUUUGACCGGUACAAGACACAAGAUGCUGAUUUUAGAGCUGAUUUUUCGUCCAAAGGAGUGCAUGAAGAUCCAGGUUUUCCUUUAAACACUGAUUGGGUUGUGGUUGAAAGGUUUGAGAGAGUCUUGCGUGAUUUUUAUGAGCUCACAAAAAGGAUAUCUGGUUGUACAUUUGUGACAUCAAACACAUUUUUGGAUGAACUUAGUGAUAUGGAUGAGCUCUUGAAAGAAUGGUUUUUGAGUAGUGACAAAGAUUUAGCAGAUAUGGCAUUUAGUAUGAAGUCAAAGUUUGACAAGUAUUGGGGAAAUGUGGAGAAAAUGAAUAAGUUAUUAUACAUUUAUGAUGUCCUUGACCCUCGCCACAAGAUGAAUUAUUUGAAAUACGUUCUAAAGAAUAUGCAUGGGGAACUUGUUGGAGUGAAAUUGACGAAAUUAAUAGAUAAGGCACUAGUUGAAAUUUUUAAUGUGUAUAAGUCCAUGUAUUCCACUCCAACCUCCUCUGUCACUUCUCUAGAUCCUUCAAAUACUUCAUCUGGUGCAUAUGGUGCUUCUGAAAGUGACAUGGCAGAAAGAAAAAACAUAAGACUCCACAAAAAAGGUAUAUGCAAAUGUUAUCAGAAAUUGGAGUGUGUGGUCAAUCUGAGUUGGACUUGUAUAUACAAGAGCCAAUUGUCUUCAUUAACUCCAAAGAUGUCACAAGCUUUGAUUUGCACACAAGAUUGGCUCCGCCAUUCUCUUAUUUGUUGCGUGGAGGAAGAAGAAGAAUUUUGUCAAAAACUUGAGAAAGAGUUGGUGAUAAACUAUGGAGUUGACACUAAUAUUCUUGGAUUAUGAUUACCCCUUGGAUUGGAGUCUAAUAUUUGGAUUGUUAGAAGCAUUGGAGAUCUGGAGUUGUUGAAGAAUGGAUAUCAUGAAAUAAUAAAUCUUUUUUGGAAUGGACAAUUGUAUUAUUU